UAACCGGCGUGAAGAUCAGACAUUUCAUUAAAUUGUAAACUGAAUAUUAAAAUCGACGUUUAUCGUAUAUUUUUUUUUGUAGCCAUUAAAUAUUCAAUAAGAUGGAAGCACUUUAUGCAAUUCCGUUCUCUGUGCUCGAAAUACCAAAUAUAAAAAUAAAAAAGCCAUCGUGGCUUCAACCGCCAUCGGCGAUGACAACGUUCUCGCUGGUUUUACUAUCAUAUUUUCUUGUGACAGGGGGUAUUAUAUAUGAUGUGAUUGUUGAACCACCAAGUGUUGGGUCAACUACUGAUGAACAUGGACACAGCCGCCCUGUAGCAUUUAUGCCAAACAGAGUAAAUGGGCAGUACAUCAUGGAAGGACUGGCAUCUAGCUUCCUGUUCUCUUUAGGUGGUCUUGGAUUUAUAAUACUAGACCAAACACACAACCCCUCAACACCCAAGCUAAACCGAAUUAUACUCAUUUGUAUUGCAUUCCUGUGCAUUCUUGUUUCUUUUUUCACAACAUGGAUAUUCAUGAGGAUGAAGCUACCAGGAUAUUUACAGAAUUGAUUUUUUUUUAUAAAAUAUAAUGUUUCUUUUAUUUGAAUAGAUUAUUUUUAUACAUCAAUAAA